AUUCUUCUGCUAGUGCUAGAAGCGUCUGGAAGUGCAUUUUGGUUAUUCUCUGUGCUGACAAGCAAUUUUCCUAGUUCAAAAUUUGCCCGAUCAUUGAGGAGUCAUUGCUUAUCCCAUACUCCCAGCUGCCGAAGGAAGUGUAAGAAGUGCGUGGAGUUGUGAAAUUUGUCGGCAUAAAAAGUGAACCGAAAGCUUCAAGCGUAUUCAAUCCAAAACUUACUGCUGUCUGCUUGUGUCGUGUUGUUCGGAAGGUUGCGAUUCGUUAGUUCUGUCUUUUUGGAAAGUGUUACAAAACUACAAUAAUUCAGUCAAGGACAAUUCUGAUUCCAUUGAUUAGACCGCGAUUCAGCCGAGUGAAAAAGUGCAUUCCGAACAAAAGCAGAUUAAUUUUCUAGUGCAGUGAUUGAGAAGAGAUUAUUGCAGCAGCGGAAAACAAAAUGGUGUUCCCAAAGGCACUGAAAGUGACCGUCUUCAGGGAGUCUGGGGAGACGGAAAAUUUUCUGCUAUCCACCGAGCUGCACCGGGACAUUUGCCAUCGAUUCGACAAUCUCAAGAACGAGAUUGUGGCCCGCUAUCCGGAGCUGCUCCAGUACGAGGAGAUUAAGUUCGUUUGGAUCGAUGAGGAAGGCGACGAGAUCUUAAUUCUCAACCACUCCGAUUACUUCGGCUACAUGGACGACCUUGUUAUCAUGAAAAAGCGGCGUAUCUACGUCAAGGGCGUUAACAAGCUGCAGCCGGAGCAGCCAGCGGUGCAGGCACCUACAGCAUCCGAAGUCCACCAGGAAGCGCCAAUGGAUCAUGACGCCGCGGCCUCUCGGAACGCGGAAUCCGCCGAAGACCUUCCACUGCACAGCAACGUGGUGUGCGAUGUUUGCGACGAUACAAUCCGUGGCCAUCGGUACAAGUGCUUGCAGUGUUUCAACUACGAUCUGUGCAUGCGCUGCGAAAGUCGAAUGCGGCACAAGGACCACCUGAUGGUUCGUAUCCCGACGCCGGAUGUCAGUCGCCGGUCGCCGUUCCGGCUGUUUGAGAAACUUCGCAGCUACGCCAGCGAGGUGGGAGCUCAGUCCGGGUUUGCCGCUGCCGCUGAUUUCCGCGAAGAUGACUAUGAGAAUACAAAACGAUCUAAGCGCCAUCAUCGCCGGUCCAGCAAGGAUCGCGAUGACUCCAAGGAAAGCCGUGAGGAAAAGGAACGUAAAGAACGCAAGCAACGCCGAGAGCGUUGCGCAAAAUCAUCCGAGGAACGCCGUGGACACCGUCAUCGGUUCGGACAUGGGUUCAACUUUUCUCAUCUGAUCAAUCAGGUCAUCGAUCCGGCCAACAUUCAGUCGGCCUUUAUCUCGGCCGACGCUGCAGCAGCUGCUGCUGCGGCCGCUGCUGAAUCCGCAGAGGAAGCUGUCCGGGCAAGCAUGGCCAACUGCCCGUUGUUUGCCGCGGCAUCUACAAGUCAUUCGACUUCUGCAUCAGCUUCUGCUUCUGCUUCCGCUUCAGCAUCGGCACCGACUCAGCCUGAAGCUAGCGCUACGACCGCCACUGAGAAACCCCAAGAAGCUGCUUCAUCUUCGGCAAUGAACGUAGAGCCACAAGCUCAACAACCCUCAACAUCUGGCACCACUUCGCCAAACACUCCCAAACAGGCCCAAGAUGUGAUCGAUCUUUCUUGGCUUGCUCCAACUCCGGAGAGCAUUCAGAAAAUCAAUCAGACCUUCUCGAGAAUUUUGGAUCCACUCGGAAUGAACAUCGAAAUCCGUUCGAAUGGUUCUCCGAAACCGGCCCAAACUCAAACUCCAACCGAGGAGAAGAAGGACAAGACAACCGAAACGGCCAACACCCCCACCACCAGUACUCCCAGUCAGACGCCGCCAGGAGGUGCUGGAACUAGCAGCAAGGCCACCGAGAUGGAUCCCAUCGUUGAGCUCGAAAAGAAACUGGAAGCCGUUCUGAUGGAUCAACCUAAGGCGAAAAAGACCUUGGAUAAGACCGAUACUACUCUGGAAAGCAGCUAUGAUGACGAUUGUUCUUCGGUCAGCAGUGUCUCGUUGUUGAGUGACAAUGAUGAUUCCAUGGGAGCCGUAGCUAAAGCCGAAAAGAGAUGGACCAUGUUGGAUAUUCCCAACGAUGGUUCACCUGAUGCGACUCAGAAAUCUGCGGAGGAACCUGCGCAGGAAGCCACAGCGGUGAAAGCACCAGAGCCUGUCAUUGCUUCCACAUCAUCUAUCCCUGCUACACCCGCCGCAACCGCAGCUGGAAGUUACCCGGAAGCAGGUUCUGCUUCUUCCGCUAACAACGGCAGUACUUCCAAGCCAAUCGACUACGAACAGCUGGGCAAAGCUUUGAAGCAACAUCUUGAAGCUGAGCAACAGGCAGCUGCUGCAGCAACAAAGAACGCAUCUCCCAGCCCGGCGCAGUCGCCUGCUGAGGUACCGAAGAAAGCAGUGACACCCCCAGCGGCACCGGUAGCAGCGAUGUCGAUUCCGGUUGUGCAAUCCAGACCUGCAGCCAAUGUUAUAUUCAGUCACAGGCCUCACGUCAACCAUGCCGUUCACACCAUGAUGGCCAUGGGCUUCAGCAACGAGGGAGGUUGGCUCACACAGCUGCUGGAUUCGGUCAACGGAGACAUUCCGAGGGCUCUGGAUCUGCUGACGCCGCAUAAGAUCAAUCCCUAAAUUUCUACUACCUAUUACUACCUAUGUAUUGGGCUAUUCUGUAGUACUUUCGAUAUGCUAGUGAUAACAAUAACAAACUAUUCAAUGUUAGCAAUACAACUAACAAACACAACAACACAAAUUACAUGCCACACACUGUUUUUGUGACGUUCGAUAAGAAUAUUGUUGGCCGUAGUAGCUGCAACGUGGUGAUAGCAAGUAGGAUGUAAGAAUUUUACUCACAAACACAGAUUAUUAUUUUGAGUACCUCCCUGAUUGAAUGACUUAUUGUUUUACAAAACUAUUGAAUUUGGCUUUACUCUGAAGGCUGUAGUAUACAUAUACGAUUGUUUAUUUUAUCAAUCCUUUUACUACAUUUAUGAACAAUAUUACAUAUUAUUCUUAUGUAUUCAAUAUGCAAAUGCAAAAAAAAAACAGAACAAAAUAAAUAAAAGAAAAAUCAUUA